AUGACCCACCUGAUGAGUAUAGUGGUGCUGCUUCUGAAAAUAAUGACAAUGAAAUCUUGUGCUGGAAUUUCGCUGAAGACUCAGGAGCUGUACGUCAUCAUUUUUGUGACUAGAUACCUGGAUCUUCUAUACUCCUUCAUCUCCGUUUAUAACACGAUGAUGAAGCUCAUAUUUCUUUCGAGCACGGUCGCAAUCGUCUACUACAUGCGCUACGACAAAGUGGUGCGGCAGAAAUAUGACAAGGAUCAUGAUACCUUCCGUCACAUCUUCCUUGUCGUCCCGUGUUUCGUGCUCGCAUUGCUCGUGAACAAGAAAUUCACCUUCACGGAGGUUCUUUGGGCGUUUUCGAUAUAUCUGGAAGCAGUCGCCAUUCUCCCGCAGCUUGUGCUUCUUCAAAGGACAAAGAAUAUUGACAAUCUUACAGGAAAUUACGUCUUUUUCCUCGGUGCUUACCGUUCCCUUUACAUCCUGAACUGGAUAUACCGCUAUAUGACUGAGAAGCACUACCGCCAAUGGAUUGUCUGGAUUUCGGGACUUGUUCAGACAGCCCUCUAUGCCGACUUCUUCUAUUACUACAUCAUCAGCUGGAAGAACAACCAACGUCUGAGUCUUCCUGCCUAA